AUGAAUUUAUGGGGGAGAGGUUCCCCACGAUUUCCAUUUAUUCAGCCUGUUCAGGGAACGGUUGACUUUGCUACAUAUGAACAAUUUCCUUUUCAAAAUCCUGCAUGGGACGUAGCACAUCCAGCAUUUGCCCAAAAUUUAUGUGCUCCUGUUACAACUUCCGAAAUAUUUUAUCCGGAUCGUAAUGAAGGAGUAGCACAAAAUUGGAAUCAAAGUGAAUCAUCUCCAAAACAAAAUAAAGAUGAUGCCAAUAAAAUGCCCAGGCAAGGAUUUUGGCAAUUUAAAAAUACUACAGAAUAUGAUGAUGAAAAUAAUGAGAAAAGUAAAAAAGACUUUAAAGAUGGAAAAGGAACUCAAUAUUCCAGUUCUGAAAGGAGGUCUGAAAAGCGUGAUAGAAGUGAUAAACAUCGUGAUCGGGAAGAUCGUGAUAAAGAAAGAGAUAGAUCUGGACAUAGGUCUCGUGAUGACAGAAAUUCUUCCAAAGACAGAAGGGAUUCUGACUCUAGACGCGAUUCUCCUGACAGACGAGAUAGACGUGAACAUUCUAAUGACAGAGACUGGAGAUCUAGUGAAAGAGAUGGAGUUUUGAAAGAAAAAGAAAAAAGAAGUAGGGAAAGGGAUAGAUCUAAAGAUAGGAGAGAUAGAGACUCUGUGGAAAAAGAUCAGUUUGGUAGAAAUUUAUCAAGGAGUAGUCGAAGAGGGAGUCGUGAACGGAAAGAAAGAUCACCAAAGGAAAAGCGUAAAAGAAACGACGACGGUGACGGUCACAGACGAAGAGAUGAUAUUCGUCAUAGGGAUAGGGACAGAGAUCGAGAUGAUGACGGUCCAUCUAAAAGGCAUAGAGGAAAUGAUCCUGUGGAUUCUAAAUUCAGUCUUGAAGCAGCUAAUUAUAAAACUCAAACUCCUAAUGAAACUGUUAUGAUUCGAGGUUUAGCUCAGCACAUAACUGAAAAUGACAUUCGACAAGACAUUCUUCAGUGUGGUAUGAUGCCCAAAGACAUUCGUUUGAUACGAAAGAAAGAAACAGGUGCGUCGAGAGGGUUUGCAUUCGUGGAGUUUAACAGUACGGAAGAAGCGCGCUAUUGGAUGGAGAUGAAACAGGGUGUUUUGAUGUUUCAAGAUCAAUAUCGUGCUAUUAUGCAGUUUUCCAUUAUCAGCAACGACAAUAUGCCCUCAUCCGUGUGGAUGCCUCCGACAGAUUGGGAUUGUCCUAAAUGCUUCGCCCAUAACUUUAAAAAAAGAGUGUCUUGUUUCAAGUGCCAUGCUCCAAGACCGGAAGUUAAUGAUGGUUUAGAUUGUACCAAUGAAAUUAGCCCCCAUCCGACUACUAAAUUGUUAUUGAGAAAUUUGGAUGUUUUAACCAAUGAAGAAACAUUGUUAAAAGAAAUAAGUAACGUUUCCAGCAUACCAAUUCAAUCUUGCCAAAUCGCUAGAGAUUCUCUUACCAAUUUAUCACGGGGCAUAUGUUACCUAGAAAUGAAAAAUGUUUUAGAAGCAAUUAAAUUGUAUAAUGCUUUAACGGCAACCGUUUUAAAUAUAGAAGGAAGGAAAGUGAGUGUAUCGUAUUGCAAAUUGCAUUUGGAUAAACCACAAGUACAACCCUCGGCAUUAACUCAGAACCAAUGGGCAGCCUGCGGUUUAUCCGAAACCGAUUAUAAACUGGAGGACGUUCCUCGUUUAGCGGAAUACAGUGCGCAAAUGUAUGCCACCACUCCUCAAGAACAUGCUGCUUACGUUCAAUAUUAUACACAGUAUUAUACCUCUCAAAUUCAACAGAGUGGUAAUCCCGUCCAGCAAGGCACCGGAACCAAUGCGGCUGCUGCAGUAGCUCAAUCGGCCAUUAAACAAGCUCAAUCGAAAAAAGCAGUCAUAUCUGCAGCUGCUGCUCCGGCUCCAACCGUUUAUUUAUCAUCCAGACAAUUAAUUGGAAAUACCAACAUAGGUGAACCUGAUGUCAGUUCAUAUAGUUACGACGAAACCUCGGGAUAUUUUUUCGAUCAACAUACCGGCUUAUAUUAUGAUGCAGCGUCGCAAUACUACUAUCACAGUCAGGAUCAAAUAUUUUUAUAUUGGGAUUCUGAAAAAAGAGCGUACAUGCCCGCGCCGACGGAUGAUAAAUCAGGGAAUCAAUGCAAAACGGCAACGGAGGAAGCUAACAAAGAUGAAAAGAAAAAAGAUAAAGAUAAGGAUAAAAAUCAAGAUAAAGUUAAAGUGGCCAAAAGAAUUGCCAAGGAUAUGGAAAGAUGGGCUAAAACACUGAAUCAGAAGAAAGAAAUUGCCAAAAUGAAUGCCGUUGCAGUUCAACAAGCAGCUGCAGCUGCCAAAGCUGCCAGCACCGCCGAUAUUGCUUUUGCUGUUCUCGAAAGAAAAGAAUCCUCCGUCAAUUUACCGUUCCCAGAAACCACGCAAGAACAAGUUGAACAUCCCCAAUCGAAUUUAGUUGCAUCUUACGGAGGAGGGAGUGAUAGCGAUGAAGCUCCGGAGGAAAAUCAAGCCGAAGACAAAUGUUACACGGAUUGGGUCAAGUUAGCUUGUCUGCUUUGUAAAAGACAAUUUCCGACGAAAGAAGCUUUGAUUAGACAUCAACAACUCUCGGAUCUACACAAGCAAAAUUUGGAAGCUUGGUAUUCCAGUCGGGGUUUGGACAAUUCUUCGCAAAGAAUGUAUCGAGAUCGAGCUAAAGAAAGAAGAGAAAAAUUUGGUAUUCCAGAUGAGCCCAGGCCCAACAAAUUAAAAGAAAAAUACUUGAAAGAAAAAGAAGAAAUAUACGAAGAACCGAACCGUGGAGGAAUACCUGCCGAAAACGUUGGUAACAAAAUGUUACAAAAAAUGGGUUGGACCGAAGGGAUGGGAUUGGGAAGAUCCAACCAAGGUCGAACCGAUAUAAUCCAAGCUAGUCAACGUGUUCCAACAGCGGGAUUAGGAUCAUCGGGUAGCAAUUUGGGAGUCGGAUCCGUCGGUAGUUCUUACAAGGAAAAUGUCAAACGUUCAAUGAUGGCCCGAUAUUCAGAAUUAGACGGUUAA